AAAAAUAUGUAUCAUUCUUAAAAUGUAAAUAAUGAAAUUCACAUAAAUAUUUUUAGAAUAUAAAUAAUAAAUUUUAUAUUAUUAUGUGAAGAAAAAGUGUACGCCCACGAUAAUCACUCUCUUUUUCCUUACCUCUACUUAAGAUGCAAACCGCCUUAAUUAAUAAUAAUCUUUUCGAUCAUCUCUCUUUCGUUCUGUUUCAUUUCAUUCAUUGAAGUAUAGCUUUCGCCUACCCAUUUCAUAUUAUCUUCAUCAGAUUCAGAUGCUUGUGUUUCAUCCAUCACAGCCAUGGCAGAGAAGAAAGUUACAGUAAUGGUGAUUAAGGUCGAUCUUGGCUGCGAGAAGUGCUUAAAGAAAAUCAAGAAAGUGCUCUGUCAAAUUCCUCAAAUUCAAAAUCAGGUAUAUGAUGAGAAGGCAAAUACAGUGACAAUCACUGUGGUGUGCUGCAGCCCAGAAAAGAUCAAGAAAAAGAUAUGUUGCAAAGGUGGUGAUUCAGUCAAGGGUAUUGAAAUCAAAGUUCCAGAGAAACCUAUAGAGAAGCCUAAGCCGGCGAAGCCCAAAGAUCAACCAAAGGAGACCGAGAAGAAAGAGCCGGAGAAGCCCAAAGAUAAACCAACACCGGCACCAGCACCGGCACCGCGACCAGCACCGGCACCAGCACCAGCACCAGCACCAGCACCAGCACCAGCACCAGCACCAGCACCGGCACCGGCACCGGCACCGGCACCGGCACCAGCACCUAAGCCGGCACCAGCACCUAAGCCGGCACCAGCACCUAAGCCGGCACCGGCACCAGCACCUAAGCCUCCAGAACCAACCCCAGCAUAUACACCGCCGGUGAGGACCUGUUGCCCGGAAUGUUAUGCAGGAUAUGGUGGAGGCCCGUGUUAUCACGGGUAUGGAAGGCCACCCCCAUGUUACGCAGGUUAUGGAACUCCAGCUCCAUGUUAUGAGCCUUAUGGAAGGCCAAUAUACGAUAGUUGGGGCGGCGGCGGUUGCCGGAGGGGAUGCUAUGUCGGCAGAUGUGAUUGCCUUAGUGAAGAAAAUCCGUCAGCAUGCAGUAUCAUGUAACUAAUUAAUUGAAAAUGGCGGUCUUAAUCAUGGCAUGAUGAUGAUCUUGAAGUUGCCAUCGUUGAAAUGCUAUGUCGGGGUCUUUCUUUUUUACAACUCAUCAGAUCUGAUAUGACAGGAAGCCUAUUAAGAUAAUAAUAGCAAAUAAGGUUUGUGUGGACAAUUAAUUGUUCAUUUUAUGGUUAUAACAAAGUUUGUUGAUUAAAAUUUUUAAUUAAUUAAUAAAAAGUUCAUAUUAAUCA